AAAUAAUGAUAAUAUAUGGGGAUUAAAUUGUAAUUCGCCCAAAAUAAAAUAUUGCCGAGCGAGGAAGGAAGGAGUAGAGGAGGGUUCGAAACGAAAAUCACCGCACGGAUACUCCCAGUUUGAAGACUCUGUAAACCUCCCUCGUCGAGCCUUUCACAUACAUAGCACAGAGAUAGAGGGAGCUAAGAGAAAGCCUGAAAUGGAAGACUUGAAGAAGAGGAAGAUCAAGAUGGAGGAGGCAAGCAAAGGCGCUGAAUUCUCAACAACCCAAGAGCACCUCCAUUUUCUUCUUGACCCUCUCAACAAAUCUCAGCUCGUCGAUCUUCUUUCUAGAUUAGGGUCCCAAUAUCCUUCCAUUGCAGAAGAAAUUAAAAGUGUAGCCAGUGCAGAUCCAGUACAUCGAAAGCUUUUUGUUCGUGGCUUGGCCUGGAAUACCACUUCAGAAACCUUGUGUGCUGCUUUUCAAGUGCAUGGUGAAAUAGAAGAAGGGGCUGUCAUUUACGACAAAGCAACAGGAAAAUCUCGUGGCUAUGGUUUCAUUACUUACAAACAUAUGGAAUCAACAGAAAGUGCACUGAAAGCACCUAGCAAAUUGAUCGAUGGUCGGAUGGCUGUAUGUAAUCUAGCAUGCGAAGGAUUAAGCGGGGCGAGCAAUACACCUGAUUUAGUCCAGAGAAAAGUCUAUGUUGGGGGUUUGUCACCAGAGAUCACAAGUGAGAUGCUGCUUAACUUUUUCGGAAGGCAUGGUGAGAUUGAAGAAGGUUCAGUUGCUUAUGACAAAGAUACCAAUGAAUCACGUGGGUUUGGUUUUGUUACAUACAAGACAGUGGAGGCUGCAAAGAAGGCCAUAGAUGACCCACAGAAGAUACUUGGGGGGAGAACUAUCAUUGUGAAGCUUGCUGAUACUCACAAGGGCAAAACAGUACAAACACAAUUGCCCGCAGCAGUGGUUCCAGUACCUUUGCCAAUGGCAGCUGGAUACAUUCAGCCUGGAAAAGCACACCCUGGUGCUGCCCCUGUUGUCUAUUCUUAUCCUCAAACUAUGGCAUCAUACCCUGCUUCUUCUUACCCAAGUCCACCCACAGCACCUGCUCCUUAUCCUCCACAUUCUCAAAUAUCGUAUGCACCAGUUGCUCUGAGGAAAGAGCCAGUGGGACUUUCACCACCAACACCCAUGGGAAUGGGUGGAUACCCUUACUACCUUCCUAAACAAUGAUUUGCCUUCAAUGAAAUCUCAUUGAUGUUAAAGUUUGUGCCCCUUUCCCCCUAUUUAUUAUUAUUAUUUUUUCUUAUAGUUGUAGCUGAUUGCAGUAAUUUUAUCACCAGGUUACUUUUUUGUAGUUCUGUUAUUAGAGCAGGUGUUGGGACGCUUCGAAUGGCGGAGAAUCUAAAAUUUUGCUACUCCAAUUCUCGCUCCCUAUCCCCCAACCUGCCAAUUAAAUUCAAUUGUGUGAUAUGAGAAUAAGAUGAAUAAUUUUAUAUUUUUAUU